AUGGAAGCCUCACCGCCUAACACCAUCAUACGUUCUUCUCCUAUUUUAUCAUCUUCGAAUAUCAUCAGUCAAUCAACUUGGCAACCUAUUAGAGAAAGACGAAGGUUAGAGUCAAGUAGAUUAAUCGAUGAUGAUGAUUGUGAUGUUUUAGGAGCUUAUCUAAUUGAAGAUACAAAUCAAAGUAAUUCUAUUAAUUCUCAUGAGAAUUUAGAAGAAGGCAUUAGAGAAGCAAGAAGAGUGAAUAAUGAUUUAACUACUCAACGUAAUGUGGUUUUAGAAUUCCUUUUACGGAGUUUACAAACUGCUCAAACUGAAUUAUCAAUAGAAGUAGGAACUCAUUCAAGUCAAAUGCCUAGAAUCCGAUUACAUCUAUCAAGAUUAUCACCAGUACUACGUUCACCUAGAGCCAUUGAAUCUGAACAUACUAAUAGACUAGAACAACCCAAUUCAUAUCAUUUAAGUAUGUUAUCAAGAUUAAAUGGACUUUCACAACGUACUAGAGAAGUUAUGCAAGAUAUUGAUAGACGUAGAAACGCUGCUGGUUUAACAUCACUUCAUCUUCCUAAAGAUUUAAAUGAAGUUAUAAAACCUACAAAUGAUCAACCAGAUGAAACUUAUCAGAUGAUUAAACCUUUUCCAAGACGAAAGAUUCAACUUGAAGAAAGACUUUUGAUUCAAUGGUCUCCUUCUAAUUUAGAUCUUCAUGGAAUCAAAUUACCUUCACUUUAUGAAAUUCCAAGAAAAGUGUUUAGAAAUCCAGAUUCUCAAUCCAUCAGUCGUUAAAGCCUUCCAUUUCGAUUCACUUUCUACCCUUUUACUUUCUUUCUCUACUUUUACACCAUCAAUCUCAUUAAUUAUCUAUCAAUCAUCAACUUGGAUCCAUCACUCAACUUAGAAUUCUAGAAUGUAGAACCCAUUCUCAUCUUUUCUUUCUCUCUCUUUUGUAUUGUUUGGUUUGUACGUAUAUGAUAGCAUAUGACUGUAGAGACACUUCUUUCGUUAUGAGCAUUGUUGUAUAGUCUGUUUUUGGUUGGUUGAAUGACAAACCCUUUGCAAUCGCACUUGUCAAAUAUUGCAAUUCGUGAUCUUUGUGUACUAUUGCAGUGAAGCCGUUGUCUUUUUCAUAUUUCUCAUUCUUGAUUAUCUUCUUAGAGAUCAAUUCAUUAUCGAUGCCUGUGU